ACAAAGCAGGACGGACUUUUAAUCCAGGAACAAAAUUUAUCAGAUUAAAUGAGGACACGGGUAGACUAUUGACUUGUUUUUGUGGACCCACAAUGGAAGAGACCUUUUUGAAGACGGCGAUACCUGCGCAGGACCCCUGCGAGCUGGAUGACUCCAGUCUGGCUCUGCCGACCGCCCCGACACCGAGAUCAUCGACGAGAAAUGAGUCUGGCGACCGGAGCCUCCGUGUUCAGCAGCAAGUUCAGCUCACACUGGCACGGAAAACAAAGAGGAGUUUCUUAAAUGGUGGAGCUCAUUUACAAACAAAUACAUCACGGAGCUUUGAUGGUAUAGAUGGAUUUCUAUCAAACGCAAAGGUAAAUGGAUCGGGCUUCACCAGCCAGUCCCUCUGCAGCAGCCAUGUUCGGAGGCCAACCAGGAGAGUGGAAGUGUCUCCACCACCAAGUCCGGAGUUAUCUCGCACUCAUUAUAAUUACAGUAAGUAUCGGCAUGGGAUGUACUCCAUUCCAGGACCCAGCAAGUCACAUGCAGUGGGAACUCUGCUGGAUUACUCGCAAGGAUCAGAUUCAUUUCAACGCUAUGCUUUCUCAGAAGGACUACAUGGGUCGCGUAUACGUGCAUCUAACUUAUCUGCACCUGGGAGCUUCAACCGCAGGUCUCUCAGACUGACUGCAAGACCACAGUCUAAGUUUGGAACUGCUGCAUUUCAGCAAAAUACUGAAUGUGACUCCCCGUGGAGUUAUAGACAAAAUACUGUCAAACAGGAGAAGCGCACUGUGCAGGAACACAAUAAUGCAACGUUUGGACCUACCCAGCCUGAUCGGGGCUUGUCUUGGCUGGCGCAGGUCAGGAGGGAUGGCCAGAGGUCCUUGAGAGUGAAAUCCUACUCGCCCUCUGUUAACAGUGCAGAGGUGGACAUGGGGAGGCAUGUGGAAGUAGAACUGCCUACUCAGCAGAUACAGUCAGAGAAUGUCACAGUACUCAAUUCAGGCAAUAGACCUCCAGAGAUGACGCUAGAGAGGGCUGUGAGCCUGUUGACACAGGAUGAUGAAGAAACGCUGAUCUGUGCAACCAACUGCAUACAAAGUCAAUGCUUCCAGGGAGCUGAUGCUAGAAAGAUGGUGUUCUAUUUGCACGGGAUUGAAAAGCUGAUGCAGCUCCUGGACAACAGCAGUGAGGAGGUGCAGCGUGUCACAGCUGGGGCCCUCCGUAAUGUCGUCUACCAGAGCAGCAAAAACAAAAUGGAAGUGAAGGACAAAGACGGCUUGGCCAUUAUUUUGAAUGCACUAGCAAACAGCCAGGAUAUGGAGACCAGACGUCAACUUACAGGUCUUUUGUGGAACCUUUCUUCUCAUGACCUUUUGAAGGAGCGUUUCCCCAGACAGGCCGUACAUGUGCUCACCAAGUCCGUGUUGGUGCCCAGCUCUGGCAUUUCUGAAGGAGAGAACCCAAAAGAUGAGCUGCUUGCUGAUUCGGAUGCUUUCUACAAUGCUACAGGCUGCCUGCGAAAUCUGAGCUCUGCUGGCCCAGACGUCAGGAAAGCAAUAAGGGAGUGUGAGAAUCUCAUUGACUCUCUUGUCUACUACAUCCGAGGAACUGUAGCCAACUAUAAGACUGAUGACAAGUCCACAGAGAACUGCAUCUGCAUCCUGCAUAACCUGACUUAUCAGGCUGAGUCAGAGCUCCUGCAGCACUCCACCCAACAUCUCAGGGAAUCUCGACAAAACUUGGCACCCAAGACGACGUCUGUUGGCUGUUUUGCUUAUCGCAGUGCCAAGAUCGCAAAGGAUCUGGAGCAUGAGCCCCACCUGCUGGAGGAGAAGGCAAACCCCCACGGUACUGAGUGGCUGUGGAGCCCCAUCACCAUCAGGAUGUACCUGUCACUGGUGGCCUGCAGUACACGUAACUUCACACAGGAGGCAGCCAUCGGAGCGCUGCAGAACAUCACGGCGGGAAACGGAGCGAUGAGUGAAGCCAUCGCCGUCACCAUUGUUCAGCGGGAAAAUGGACUCCAGCACGUUAAGAAGGUUUUAGAGGAAGGGGACAGUCAAAUGAAGAGGACGGCCAUAUCUCUUAUAAAAAAUCUCUCUCGUUACCAGGAGCUGCACCCCACCAUUGUGAACCAUGUGUUGCCAGAUGUGGUGAAGAUGCUGCCCAAGGAUGACACCGGCACCGACCUUCCCAAUGAGGGGACCAUUUCUCUGUGUCAUAUCCUGAUUAACCUGAGCCAGAGCGACAUGAAAAAUGUCAAAGCCAUCAUCAACCUUGGAGCUCUUCCAAAAAUCAUGAACAUCAGCAAAACAGACAAUGGCUAUGGGCUGAGCCGAGCAGGUCAAGCAGCUUGUGUUCUGCUGCACACGAUGUGGAGACACAGGGAUCUCCAUGGAGUCCUCAAACGGUGUGGCUUCAAGAAAUCAGAUUUCAUUAAUGCAAGGACAACAAAGGCUGUGAACUCGAUGCAGAACUGAGGAGAAGAUCCAUGUAAUAACAAAGCAGGGGCACUGUUUUUUUUACCAGUUGCAAUAUAUUCUCACCUUUUAUAUUGAAUAUAUUUACACAUUUAUUAUGGAUCAUCUUCAUCAAAGUACACACAAAUCAUUGUGAAAUGCACUUGUUUCUUUGUGUUGUUCUGAGUGAACAUUUCUUUUAGAUUCCAUGAAAUGAGUGAGAUACAUAUUUUAUGAAGACAGAAAGGAACAGAUAUUAGCUCGAACAUCAAAUACUUAUGUCUACUGCCGUGUUGCCUUAUGUUUAAUGAAACUGACAGAUGAAUGUAGAAAUUUUAGAAAACUUUGAGUCACUGUAGCUAUAAUAAUGAAUUGAAUUUUAAGUGUUUUCUAGUUUGCAUGUUUUGUUCUUGUGGCAGCUCAACAGAUGAUGGCACAGUAAAUAUGGCAAAGAACCACAAUAAAAACAUUAGACUGUCCACAAUAAGCAAGAUGAGAGAGAUGAAGUCAGCAUUAACAUUUUGAGAAGAAGCACAUAAGUUUUUAUUAAAUGUAUUUUAAAGUGUAAUGCUAAAAAAAUUUUUUAUGUUUAUUUAACAUGUAAACAAAAUUACAAUGCAGAUAAACUGUUAAACUGUUUAUUCCUGGUGACUUCUGAUUAUUAUUACAACAAACAUGGUGAUUAAAAAGGUUAGUCACAGCUUGGCAGCACUGAGCCUACAGCGUUUCCCCAUACAGUCCAUUCCUGUGAAUAAAUCUGUUAACUGAGGAAAAACUUGGCUCGUUUAUUCAAAUAAAAAUCUAUAAUGAUAAAAAUAUUUUUAUGCAUCAAUUUUAAAAGAAUAUUCUAACUUUUGUUGUUGACAACCUGACCUGCAGCGUGUAAAUAAAGAUUA